UAGAGAGAUGAAAUGGUAAAACAGAAAGCAUGACAUGGAAAGUAGAAACUCAUACUAAAAGGUAUAUAGUGGUUGGUUGGGAUCCUUUGGCUACAUAUUCCUGUUGAUUUUGGCAAUGGACGACACAUAUUCUUGGUUAGUUUUUGUGCCUACAUACAACGAUUAUAUUGGGGGUUUGUAAGCGAGCUUUUGAACAUUAUCUGUUUUGGGCAUUCAAACAAUGCAUUUAUGAUUUUACCCAUUGUCUUACAUAAUCAAAGUGGAUGACGCCUUUCUCACUGGAAAAUACAAGGAGACAGUGCUUAUUGCCACGAGUGUUGAUGGCAACAAGAAAAAUUUCCCCCUUGCAUUUGCUAUACUUGAAUUUCAGAACAACUCAAAUUGGACUUGGUUUUUCGUAAACUCUACAUGCAUUUAACUCAAUGGAGGGACAUUGGAAUGCACAUGUAAUCUAUAAUUUCCCUGAGGAAUUUGGUUGGAAUGGCGAUGGUGCAUACGACACGUGAAGAGCAAUUAUAGUCAAAUUUUUGGGCAUGUAUCCCAACAAUGAUUUGUUUGGAAGGCCUGUAAGUAUAAUUUAUGGUUUCUUCUUUCUUUUAUUUGGUAGUGGUUUUUUUUAAUAACUCUUACGUUAUUUUUUCAGUUAUUGUUUACCAACCUCGAAAGUAUGACGAAACAAUGAAGAAUAUAAGGACGUCUAUUCUAAAUGAGCAUAUUGGCUAGAAAGUCAUGAUUUUGAGAAGCGGGCAUUACAUCAUGAUUUUUCAAUGAUGAACAUGAAUGAGAUGCUUAAUGGUUUAUAUGUUGACAUCCAUGCAAUGCCAAUAUCAGUUUCUCAUAUUGCAUACCUUCUUCAGGUUGGUAGAACGGUUCGUUAAACGACACCAAAAGGCUAUCAAAAUGCUUGACAAAUGGAUACAUCAUCCAAAAAAAAAAAUCACCAAAGACAUGGAGCCAUGGAAGAAAAUUCUAACUUGCAUAAGGUGACUUUGUUCAACUGACGAGAUGUCAUUUUUUCAAUAGGGACGAGGAGGCCCUCUGUCACCAGGAAACGGGGUCAUGCUCAAAAAGUCACAUUUGUACUCCGUGUGGAAGAGGGAAUGCAGUUGUGUGAAGUUUCAAGGAAGACACUUGCCUUCCUCUCAUUCAUACGUCGCUGUCAGAAGAGUGCAAUGGACCCAUUUUGAUUUGUUAGUCCAUACUACAAGACUCAUUUAGUCGUCAAGGUUAGGGAUCACACAUUCAUGUCUUUGGCUCAUGAAGUUUAUUGCAAUGAGUACCUUGGAGCAUAAAACUGAUAUGGGUAGAUCAGGGAGACCACAACAAGUUUGAAGUAGUGCUUUGCAUGUCGAGUUGAAGGGCAUAAGAAGUGCAACUACCCCGGAAUGGGAGAUGACUGUUAAUGUUUAUGUGUGUUUAUGUUGUAAUGAAUAUGUAGGUAUUUUACUGUGUUUUGAUGAAUUUUGUUAUGCAUCAAAAUUUAUUUUCAUCUCUCCAUUAGCAGUAAGUGUCGACUUUAAUUUUUUUUAAAGGGUUUAUGAAAUUAUCGGGGUUGAUUAUAGAGAUCGAAAAAAUCAACCAACUAGUUCACUGCCACGCCAAAAUCUAGUAGUUUGAGAAAUUCUAAUGCAUAUGCUGAAAUUUUGUUUAGAGGGGCUUAUAUUUUGGGAAAACAUCGAAAAAAAUAGCACCUACCUAUUAAAUGGUGAGAACCCCACGUCAAAGCACUUCAUGGUCUCCUGCAUCCAAAAGCAUAAUACAAAGCUACAAGUUUUUUCUCCACCGGAUCCAAACAUACUGAACCACAAAACUUGGGCCAAAAUGUUACUUGGACCACACUCCAAUAUGUCCAAAACAUCACAACAUCGUUGAUACACGAAAUAUUUGCGUGUACCAAUCCAAAGAAACAGAUCUUUUUUUUUGUGAGAGUUGGACCCAAAAAACCAGGUUUCACGGCUGGGUAACACACUUAGAUUACAGGUGAUUCAUUCUUAGCAUGAUGAGGAGGUCAAUCUAAUCAACAAAUCACAAUCUACAACUAGCACAGACAGCGCGAUUAUCUUACUACCAGAAUCACUUGGUCCCUUUUUGGUUGACAUCUUAGUAAUUUUCACUGACUCGAGAUAUUUCCGAGUCUUGUGUGAACCUUUUAUACAAGUUAGUGUCCUUUUCGCGGUGGGAAAAAAAUCUCGUUGAGCAAAUCGAAACUGGUUUAGCUUUAUCGAGGCAAUCAUGAUGUGGACUGAAACUCACAGCACAGGAACACCCAGUAAUGGGAGAACCGAAGAGGGGCAAGUGGGGAACGGGGAACAUUAAUAAUGGUCAUGAGGUGAUUGAUUUCUAGCAAUUGGUACUCUGACCAGAAGGUAUGGGAGAGAAGCAAAACUAGCUUUUAAUGAAGACAACUAGUUCAUUGAAGUUGAAGUGGUGGGAGGCUACAGCUAGCUUAGCCAGAAAUGGCUGCCAUCAAGAAAAGUAAAAUUGUAUUGGUGUCAUAUUAACAUCAAAUUUAAUUAGGGACAGUUGUUGUCAAAAUUGGCCACUGGAAUUAGCUGUGGAACAGGAUUUGAUUGAAGGAAGUCCUCCCAACAUGAUUUUGGGUCCCUUCUCGAGGAUGGUGAUAUAAGUACACCUAUGGAAGGGUUAAAGAAAGUUGCGAUUUGUGUACUGCUGCUUUAAUGGAGGUAAAGCACGUAGCGAUUUGGAAGGGUUUGUAUAAUUCGACUUACAAUUGAGGUAUGUUUCAGAGGGGAAAAAAUUCGUUUUGGAAGGGUUUGUAAAAUUCGACUUACGAUUGAGGUAUGUUUCGAAAAAAUCACACCUGGUGGGACUCGAACCCACAAUCGUUUGAUUAGAAGUCAAACACCUUAUCCAUUAGGCCACAGGUGCAAUUGAUAAUAUUUGAUCAAUAUGGUUAAUUUAAAAUUUCGUGAAAGAUGAGAAAAUAAAUAUGAUUAAUGAUUACGGAUUACCGAAUAAUAAUGAUGAAAAAAUGGCAUUGCAAUUAACACAGCGGAUGAAUAAUAAUAAUAAUGAGGACCGAGCUCUUCAACACGCUGCUGCCGAUGGAGAUCCAGCACAGAAUCACUUCCAUCGCGGUUGACACCCUAUCCAGCGGGAAUGAUGAGUUGUUUUGGGCAGCCUCGGCGGACGGGCACUUUUUGGCAAAGUCGGCUUACAGCCUGCAAAACCAGGAAUUUCAGGACCCGGACGAGAAGCUUUGGAAGACUAUCUGGAGACUCCCGACUCCUAAGAGGAUCAGAACGUUCAUGUGGACGAUUCUUUUGGGGAAAAUUGCCACGAACUCACUUCGUUUUGCGAGGAAGUGCGCUAGUAACCCCUUCUGCUCCAGAUGCCAGGGAACCCUAGAAACCAUUUUGCACAUCCUCAGAGAUUGCCCGCCAGCGCGCUAUUUUUGGAACCGCCAGAUUCCGGGGGCAGAUCAGGGACGCUUUUUUAGCCUGGAUCAGGAUGCCUGGUUGCGAGAGAACAUUGGUAAGGAAGCUUCCACUGACAUGGGACCCUCCUGGGGGACCUUCUUUUGUACUGCAGUUUGGUUGAUGUGGAAGAACAGUUGCACCACUUCUUUUAAGGGGGAGCAAGCGGCUCUUUACCCUCCCUCGCUUGCUUAUUCCAUCAUGGCCAAGGUCAAGCUUUGGCAUGAGGCUUGGGUGGCCCCUUCUCCGAUGCCGGGAAACAGACGCCAACCAGCAGAUCGUGUCACAGCCAACAUUGGCUGGAAGCAACCCCCAGAAGGAUGGAUAGCUCUGAACAUUGAUGGUGCCUCGUGUGGGAACCCGGGUCAAGCCGGAGCUGGUGGUCUCCUUAGAGAUGCUUCAGGGAAGUGGAUCGCUGGCUUCACUGCCAGCAUUGGGUCGGCGACCGCGGCUCUGGCCGAGUUAUGGGCGUUUUACUAUGGUCUUGACUUAGCUUGGAAGGAAGGAUGCCGUGCUGUCAUUGUGCAGUCUGACUCUAAGCUGGCCAUUCAGCUUAUUGAGAAAAGACAUGAUCCUGUUCACCCUUAUUCUACUCUUCUCUUGGCCAUUCGGAGGAAAUUAAGCCUUGACUGGUUGGUGAGCAUUUCUCAUACAUACCGGGAAGGGAAUAGAGCCGCGGACUGGCUCUCGAAGCACAGUCCCGUCUAUCCCUACGGAAGGCAUGAACUUGCUAGCCCGCCCUCAGGGCUAAUUCCCAUUCCGCAGGAUGAUGCUAGGGGGGUGUGUUUUGAGCGCCAGAUUGUUCCCGGAACGCUUGCCCCUGCUCUGCCCUCUUAACCCCCUUUUCUGCUCUUCUUUGGCGGUUUCCGCCUCCUGUAAUGCAAAAAAAAAAAAAAAAUUAACACAGACAAUGUCAUGUUAUCAAUAGGCAGUAAUGGAUGGUAACUUAUCAUUUAUAUCUACUUAGCAACAAAGUAAAAUACUUCAUACCAAAAAUUUAAAUAACAUACCGUACCGACAGUUCAACCAGAAAAACCUCUUACUGAAGGCUAAAUCGGUAGGCCGUAUUUUAGCGGUAUGUAGGGCUGGCAAUGGGUCGGGUUCGGGACAAAUAGUGCAUAUCCGUUACCCUACCCAAAGCAGUUCGGGUUUUACCCAUACCCACAUAAGAAACGGGGAGAAAAUUCAAACCGUGCCCAUACCCGUUCGAGUUUCGGGUAUCCAUGGCUAUCCAUGGGUAAUAGUUUCUCUUUAUAACUCCAACCAAUACGUUAACAUUCACACGUAUUCUCACGUUACGUAAGACGAAAAGUACAACAAAAAUUCACUAGAAUGAAGAAAAUUAAUUAAAAUAACACAAUUUCAUAAAAAUGUUAUAUUUAUAUGCUAAAUAUAAAAUAUGUUAGAAAAAAUAUUAAUUAUAUAUAGACAAAAUACAUAUGAAUGUGUAUAAUCGGGCGGGUUCGGGUUGGAUAGUGAGAAAACCAUGCCUACCCAUGACCCACAAUAUUCGGGUUCGGGUUUUACCCGUACCCACUAAAAGUUCUUCGGGUUCGGGUUUUAUCCUACCCGAUUAGGUUGGAUUCGGGUUGAUAUCCACGGUUACGGAUAUUUUUGUCAUCCCUAGCAGUAUGAAGCGGUUAAACCACGAUUCUAACAUAAAAUACCGUAACGUUG